AUUGUUUAUUUACUUGUUAAGGUUAUAGGUAUGUUACGUUUUUAAACUGUUUAUGAAUACUGAACUUUCUUUAAGUCUAUUCUGAAAAUAUGAAUAACUAUGAUCUCCUUCCGAUCCUCGGAGAAGGAUCGUUUGGAAAGGUAUAUAAAGCAAGAAGAAAAAGUGAUAAAGAAAUAGUUGCUUUAAAACUUAUUAAAAAGCAUGGUCGCUCAGAAAAAGAAUUGAUUAGUCUUAGAAAAGAAUGCGAAAUCCAGAGACAUUUUAAUCACCCUAACAUCAUCCAGAUGUUGGAUUCAUUUGAGACAGAGAAUGAGAUUGCUGUUGUCACAGAAUGUGCAUUCAGAGAUUUAUAUCGUAUCUUAGCAUCAGAAAGGUUUCUGCAUGAGGAUUUAGCAAGAAAAAUUACAAUUGAUUUAGUAUCAGCAUUGUAUUACUUGCAUUCUAAUAGAGUUUUACAUAGGUAGGCAAACAUUGAUCUUAUAUUAAAUUAGUUAUAACACUUGCUUAUGGAUUUGAAUAUAAAUAUUUAAACUUCCCAUUUUUUAGAAAUAUCAAUAUAUUCUCCAUCUGGACAAUCGUAGUUUUCAAUAGGUGGAGUCUCUACCGGACCUCUGCUUUUGAACGGGAGUAAAGUUUCAUCUAAUUGUAUAGCUGCCUGGUAGAGUUCCUCCGACUCAUUCCUCAGUUCAUCCAAAGCCCAUUGUUGUGCCAUAAGUAUCCUAUCACACAUUUUAACAUCAGCUAAUUGGCAUUUAUGUUUAUAAACUGCCCAUUGCUUGAAUAAUUUAACACGUUCUUCUAAUGUUUCUUCAUUAAUAGGUUUUAACACCCGCAUACGUGUUUUUCUCUCAUUUAAAAUUUCUAAAGGUACUUCACACUCAUCUAUUGGCUUAUACUGUCUUGCAUUUUUCUCCAAUUUUUUAAUUUGCUUUUCUAAUCGUUUUCUUCUCCUUUCCUCCCUUUGUUUUAUUAUCAUGGGAUCAAGCCUUUUUUUCUUCUUCAAAGGUUCUGCCAACAAAGCUGGUGUCAAACGAAAAUAAUUUGGACAUGAUGUGGAUAUCUGUCUUGUAAUAUUACUUAAUUUUAAAAAAGAAAACAUUCUUAUAAUCACUCCGCAAUAUGUUACGAACUGUUUAUAAUUUACUUGUUAAAAUACAAAAACAGUAAACAUAUUAUUAUACAAUUAAAAAAGUAAUUAAAAUUAUCUAUAAAUAAAAAUCAUUAACUCUAUGUUGUUUCUUUGCUCUAAUAACAACUGUAAAUGAGAGAGGUAAAUAUCAGGUUAUACACCUAUGUGCUGCUAUCUGAA